AUCCCGGAUUCUCAUAUACGAAGAUCAUGGGGGGCAAAACCGCCAACAAAGCCGGCUACUUCGACAAGCUCAAGGGCCUCCUCGAGGAGUACAAGAGCAUCUUCGUCGUCACGGUCGACAAUGUCUCAUCCCAGCAGAUGCACGAGAUCAGGCAGAGCCUCCGUGGUGAGGGUGUCGUCCUGAUGGGAAAGAACACCAUGGUGCGCCGCGCCAUCAAGGGCUUCAUCGCCGAGAGCCCAGAGUACGAGCGCAUUCUUCCCCACGUCAAGGGCAAUGUCGGAUUCGUCUUCACCAAUGCCGACUUGAAGGAGACUCGCGACAAGAUUCUCUCCAACCGUGUCGCGGCACCCGCUCGUGCUGGUGCUUUGGCUCCCCUCGAUGUCUACGUUCCUGCUGGUAACACCGGUAUGGAGCCCGGUAAGACCUCGUUCUUCCAGGCUCUCGGUGUUCCCACCAAGAUUGCUCGUGGUACCAUUGAAAUCACGACGGACUUGAAGCUCGUCGAGGGUGGAACCAAGGUCGGAGCUUCCGAAGCUACCUUGUUGAACAUGUUGAACAUCAGGGCUAAUGACACCAGUCCCUUCACCUACGGUAUGGGCAUCUCACAGAUCUACGACAACGGUCAGACUUUCGCGUCCGACGUUUUGGAUAUCGAGGAGUCUCAGCUCCUAAAGGCGUUCUCCUCCGCCAUUGCCACCAUUGCCACGAUCUCGCUCGCAACUGGCUACCCCACCCUGCCAUCUGUCAUCCACUCCGUUGUCAACUCGUACAAGAAGGUUCUUGCCGUCGCUGUUGAGACCGACUACGGCUGGGACGAGAUUGAGGAGCUCAAGGAUCGUAUCCAGAAUCCUGACAAGUAUGCGUCUGCUGGACCCACCACCACCUCCGGUGGAGGAGAUGCUGCACCCACCAGCGGCUCUGCCCCAGCCGAGCCCGAACCGGAAGCGGAAGAGUCGGAAGAUGAGGACAUGGGCUUUGGUCUCUUUGAUUAG